AUGGAACUGGAUCUGAGCCCACCUCAUCUCAGCAGCUCCCCAGAAGAUGCGUGCCCAGCUCCUGGGACCCCUCCUGAGACUCCUCCACCCCCUGAUAACCCUCCAGCUGGGGAUGUGAAGCGGUCACAGCCUCUGCCCAUUCCAAGCAGCAGGAAACUUCGAGAAGAGGAGCUUCAGGUGACCUCGCUACCCUCCAUCCCCAACCCGUUCCCUGAGCUCUGCAGCCCGCCUUCACAGAAACCCAUUCUUGGAGGUUCCUCCAGUGCAAGGGGGUUGCUUUCUCGAGAUUCCAGUCGCCUCCAUGUGGUGAAGGUGUACAGUGAGGAUGGGACCUGCCGGUCUGUGGAGGUGGCAGCGGGUGCCACAGCUCGACAUGUGUGUGAAAUGCUGGUACAGCGAGCCCAUGCCCUGGGUGAUGAGAGCUGGGGCCUGGUGGAAUGCCAUCCCUAUUUAGCACUGGAGCGGGGUGUGGAGGACCAUGAGUUUGUGGUGGAAGUGCAGGAGGCCUGGCCUGUUGGUGGAGAUAGUCGCUUUGUCUUCCGCAAAAACUUUGCCAAGUAUGAACUGUUCAAGAGCCCCCCGCAUACACUGUUCCCAGAAAAGAUGGUCUCCAGCUGUCUGGAUGCACAAACAGGCACAUCUCAUGAAGACCUCAUCCAGAACUUCCUGAAUGCCGGCAGCUUCCCCGAGAUCCAGGGCUUUCUGCAGCUUCGGGGCUCUGGCCGGGGCUCAGGCCGAAAGCUUUGGAAACGGUUCUUCUGCUUUCUGCGCCGGUCCGGCCUCUACUACUCCACCAAGGGCACGUCCAAGGACCCGAGGCACCUACAGUAUGUGGCAGAUGUGAAUGAGUCUAAUGCCUAUGUGGUGACCCAGGGCCGCAAGCUCUAUGGGGUGCCCACGGACUUCGGCUUCUGUGUCAAGCCCAACAAGCUUCGAAAUGGCCACAAGGGCCUCCACAUCUUCUGCAGUGAGGAUGAGCAGAGCCGGACCUGCUGGCUCACUGCUUUCCGUCUCUUCAAGUAUGGGAUGCAGUUAUAUAAGAACUAUCAGCAGACUCAGUCUCGUCACCUGCGCCUGUCCUAUUUGGGGUCUUCGCCCUUGAGGAGUGUUUCAGAUAAUACCCUAGUGGCCAUGGACUUCUCUGGCCAUGCUGGGCGUGUCAUAGAGAACCCCCGGGAAGCUCUGAGUGCCGCCAUGGAGGAGGCCCAGGCCUGGAGGAAGAAGACAAACCACCGUCUCAGCCUGCCCACCCCAUGCUCCGGCUCGAGUCUCAGCGCAGCCAUCCACCGCACCCAACCCUGGUUCCACGGACGCAUUUCCCGGGAGGAGAGCCAGCGGCUAAUUGGACAACAGGGUCUGGUGGAUGGUGUGUUCCUGGUCCGGGAGAGUCAGCGCAACCCACAGGGCUUUGUUCUGUCCUUGUGUCACCUGCAGAAAGUCAAGCAUUACCUCAUCCUACCAAGCGAAGAUGAGGGUUGUCUCUACUUCAGCAUGGACGACGGCCAGACCCGUUUCACAGACCUGCUGCAGCUGGUGGAAUUCCACCAGCUGAACCGAGGCAUCCUGCCCUGUGUGCUGCGCCAUUGCUGUGCCCGUGUGGCCCUCUGAGGCCACUGGAGCCGUUACAGCCCAUGGGGCUGCCCACCACCCUUCUGUUCAGUGAACUUGGUGCAGGUGGAUGGCAUGAUGAACUACUGGAGCUCCCCCCAUACUCCAUUCCACUUUUCUCCUGUGUCUUUACCUCCCUCAGGCAACAAAACAUCCCCCGACC